UUGGCGCGGGAUCUGCGCUCUGAUGUUUCCGGUAACCUGCGGAGAGCAGCUGGGCCGAAGCUCACCGCGCCCUCCUCAUCAUCCUCAGCCUCCUCUAACCGGGACUCUCCGCUCACCGGGGCCGGCUUCGCUCGUCACGGGGCUCGGGGACUCGUUCGCCGUCGCACGGGAGGGACAGCGAGACGUUUUAACCCUCAGCAGGCUCUCGGAGCGAUGCUAGCAGGCUAACGGCAUCCUCUCGCGCCGACCGCGAAAUCAAAACAGCGUGUUUAUUUAUUACUCCUAAUUCGUUUAUACUGGUUUUAUGAAGUCGGCGUGCUUUUUGCUCGGGCACGGGUGUGGCGUUAAGUGUGUUAGAGACAGCAGCACGUGCUGUUUAUAGGUUACAGGUGAUUCUGACUGUUAUCUCUGUGUAAUAUAAGAGUCCGCCUCACGUUAGUGCGAGUUAAAGCCCAGCUCACAGCAGAGACGGUCCUACUCCUAGCGCUUUCAUAUGAUAACGAGCAGAUCUAGACAGUAAGCAGGUUGAGGAGUGUUCUCUGGGAACUUACCAGCUCGAUGACAAGCUGUAAAUCAGAGUUAUUCUACAGUAAAGCUCAGUCUGAGCUCGCUUCAGAUUAAAGGUCUCCUCAGCCGUUUCAAGCAUCAGCCAUGGCUCCGAAAAAGAGACCGGAGCCCAUAGUCAUAACCGGAGCCGGAGAAGCACAGACAACCUCCACAUCCAUCGACGCCGCUUCAGAGGCGAAUCUCGAGGCCCUGCAGAAGAAGCUGGAGGAGCUGGAUUUGGACGAGCAGCAGAAAAAGCGCCUGGAGGCCUUCCUCACGCAGAAAGCCAACCUGGGCGAGCUGAAGGACGACGAUUUCCAGCAUAUCUGCGAGCUGGGAGCCGGCAACGGAGGGGUGGUUAAUAAAGUGUGCCACAAACCCUCAGGCCUCGUGAUGGCCCGGAAGUUAAUUCAUCUGGAGAUCAAGCCGGCCAUCAGACAUCAGAUUAUCAGGGAGCUGCAGGUCCUUCAUGAGUGUAACUCUCCGUACAUCGUGGGCUUCUACGGAGCGUUUUACAGCGACGGGGAGAUCAGCAUCUGCAUGGAGAACAUGGACGGAGGCUCCUUGGAUCAGGUCCUGAAAGAGGCUCGGAGGAUCCCGGAGGAGAUCUUGGGGAAAGUCAGCAUAGCCGUUUUAAGAGGUCUCGCUUACCUUCGAGAAAAGCACCAGAUUAUUCACAGAGAUGUGAAACCUUCAAAUAUUCUGGUGAACUCCCGAGGGGAGAUCAAGCUGUGUGACUUCGGCGUGAGCGGGCAGCUCAUCGACUCCAUGGCCAACUCUUUCGUAGGAACACGCUCGUAUAUGUCGCCGGAGAGGUUGCAGGGCACUCAUUACUCGGUGCAGUCAGACGUGUGGAGUAUGGGUCUCUCUCUGGUGGAGCUGGCCAUCGGCCGCUAUCCCAUUCCUCCACCCGACUCCAAGGAGCUGGAGGGCAUCUUCGGCAGGGCGUUGAUGGAUGUCGGGGAGGCAGGGACCCACGGUACGUCUCCUCGGCCCAGACCCCCCGGGAGACCUGUCAGCGGUCACGGGCCCGUCAUGGCUAUCUUUGAGCUGCUGGACUAUAUAGUGAACGAGCCGCCCCCUAAGCUUCCUCACGGCGUCUUCACUCCUGAUUUCCAGGACUUCGUGACCAAAUGUCUGAUUAAAAACCCUGCGGACAGAGCGGACCUGAAGAUGCUGACGAAUCACACGUUUAUUAAGCGCUCAGAGGUGGAGGAGGUGGACUUCGCUGGAUGGUUGUGUAAAACGAUGGGGCUCAAUCAGCCCAGCACACCCACCCCAACAGCCGAAUGACACACACACACACACACACACACACACACACACACACACACACACACACACCUGACCGUCACAUGACCCACGAGUCCCUACAAAAAACGUUUACAGCCUAUCUGAAGGAACACCUGCAAAGCUGCUUAUUUUAAUCUUUUGCUUCCAUGUUCAUGGGUGAAUGUCAUGGACCCGGUCAAGAACGUGAACAUGUCACAAAGAGACAAGAGAUGCAUGUGUUCUGAUGAAAGGAAAUUAAGAUCUUGCAUCAUCUUUGUCUCGCCAAAAACAACACCGUCACCACAACAAAAAACAAACCAACCAUGAAACAUGAAUAAAUUAUGGAGCAAAGUCCUAUAUGGUAGUGUGUGUGGUACUGCCUUGCAUGCACUUACAGUAGUGUUUUGUACUGUAGUGCGCAAAAAGACAGCUACUGUCAUGUCACUGACCAAUAAACAGAAUAAUUAGGGAAAUGAAAAUUGGCCGAAGGAAAAAUGACGUUUGGGUUAAUUGUCUUGAAGAUGUCGCAAUGCAAAAACAAGUCUGGUCUUAAAAAUAAGCAAAACCAAGUUUUCCUGUAUUUUUUCUUUUGAUGACGUAUGACCUGAGAAUGUUCAGCUUUAGACACACACACACACACACACACGUUCUCAUCUGAUCCGGGGGUUAAGUACGUCAGGACGUCUCCACCGCCGCUCUUAGGACGAUCUCACGCAGACCUCAGCUACAGACAGAUGUUGCUUUAAGACUCAAUAAAGUGAUUGUAGAGGGGAUGAACUCA